GUUGAUCGCUCGCCUUUUUUUUUUGCCUUGUUAGUUGGCCACAUGAUAUGAGGAUAUGAUCCGGCGGCUUCUCCUCGUCUUAUCCAUCCCCCCCAUCGCCUUCUUUCUCGAGCGGAUCUUCUCGCUCACUCACAUCUGGUCCGUCAGACUGGUGCCAAGAACCGCGUCUCUGAGAGCCAGGGUUAAUAUUCGUACUAGUUUUUGUUCUUCGCUUAUCUUCUGCUGGGAAAUAGUAUUUGGGAGAACUUUGCCUCGGUUCGAUUACAAGCCAGUCUACAACUCUGGUUACAGCUGCCAGGAUCACCACCACCAACUUGCCUCGGAUGAUUCGUAUUUGUAUGUACUAUCCAUAGUGACCGAUUUUCUUUGGAAACAGUAGAAGCUUUUACACAACUCUCUGGUGGCUGAUACAGAGCUAUUUCACUGCAAUUAUGGGAGUGUUAAUGCCUUCUCAGAAAAGGCUCAUCACCGGAACAGGACUUUAAAUAUAUGGCCUUUAAGACUCUGCAAGUUCCAUCCAGUUUAGCAAGGCCAGACAGCUGCAGUUUCACUCCCUCCAACCCCAAGUCUUAUUGCUAUCACCCAAAACCUCACUCAAGACCGCAAGCAAGAAUCGCCACGAAGAAUCGCCUCCACAGUUCACCAGUACUGAAAUGCAGAGCCAAUCCGCACGGCUGCGUCGACGAUGUUGUCCAGUCCCGUCAGGAUCAUCAGACUACUGAGAUCCCCAUAGUCCUCCACCAGUCGGUCGUUUUCCCUGGCCAGACGCUGCAGCUGCAGACGGUUGAGUUCAGAUACCGCAUCAUGAUGCACACACUACUGCUCCAGGAACGCCUCAGCUUUGGUAUCAUCUACUCCGGCAGGGAAGAUGAUAGUAGUAGGAUGGCCGAUGUUGGAUGCAUGGUCCAUGUCGUCGAGUGCGACAAGCUCGUCGAUGACCGCUUCUUCCUGACCUGCGUCGGCGGAGACCGGUUCCGUGUCCUGGAGGUCGUCAGAACAAAGCCCUAUGUCAUCGCAAGAAUUCAGGUACUGACUGACAGAGACUCGCCCGAUUCAAGUAACCUGGGGUGCCUGAUGCAGCAGGUGGAAGGGCACCUGAAGAACGUGACAAUGCUUUCAGACAAGCUCAACUGGAAACUAGUGGUAGACCAUCAGGCUAGGCAGCUCAGCAGGAUGCAUUCCCCGGAGUCUUUCUCCUUAGUCGUGGCUCGGUUGUUUGUCGAAGACCGUUCAGAACAGCAGUGGUUGCUCGGGUUAGACGACACAGCGCAGCGAUUGGUGAGAGAAGGGCGGUACCUUGAACAGAGGAGCAAGUACCUGGCGGCCAUAGCGGCGAUCAGGGACGCCUUUGGGCAACUGUCCUGCAAUGAGAAGCAGUAGCAGGCCUGAUGCAUUGGAGCUGCCAUUCUGGUAAUAGAUAUGUACUACUUGGCUACAUUGUAGUUUAAUAUUUUGCUUCUUUCUAAUGUGUAUAUAUUGUAUAUCCUUGAAUGUUUGUUUUGUGGUGAAACUUCACAAACUUCUGGAUGUACUUUGUUACUCAGUCAUGUAUAAACACACCAUCUUCAAGGUUUCUAGAAAUUAUGAAGAGUAUACAACUA